CGUAGAAACCAAAGUCGAGGUGAUGAUGAUUUUGGUUAGAAUAUUUUGAUAUGUGCUCGAAUCGAUUAAUUUACUGAAUUACAAUUCUGUGCAUUUUAAUCGGUAAUAUUAAAGCGUAAUGAUGCAUACUGUUCUUACGCGUGGUAAUGUUAUUUUAGCGUAUACACUGAGUGUUUCAGCGUUUCUAACAUUUUGUUGUUUUCUCUCUACUGUAUUUAUCGAUUAUAGAGCAAAUGCAACAUUAAAUACUGUAAAAGUACUUGUAAAGAAUUUGCCAGAUUAUAGCUCGUCAAGAGAAAAGAAUGAUCUGGGUUAUUUAACAUUCGAUUUACAAACUGAUCUUACCCCAUUAUUUAACUGGAAUGUGAAACAAUUAUUCUUGUAUCUCACAGCUGAAUAUCAAACAGAAAAUAAUGAUUUUAAUCAGGUAGUAUUAUGGGAUAAAAUAUUACUUCGUGGUGAAAAAGCUGUACUUGAUUUUAAGAAUAUGAACACAAAAUACUAUUUCUGGGAUGAUGGUAAUGGUUUAAGAGGGAAUAAAAAUGUAACAUUAACAUUAUCAUGGAAUAUUAUACCAAAUGCUGGACUUUUACCAAGUGUUAAUGCCCUUGGUUCACAUACUUUUGCAUUCCCAUCCGAAUAUACCUCGUUACGUGUGUAAGAUGUAUUUAUAUAUGUGAUCAUACAUAUUCAUUGUUUUGUACAAUUCUGAAUUAUUCUACAUAAAGACAAUGUGUAAUAAAUGUAAUAUUAUUUUCACGUGUUAAUAUUAAAUGUUUAGUACACGUAGACGGA